AUGGGUGUUGAAACUCGACGCACGGCUGCGGGAGGACGACAUAAAAAAUCCACUCCUCCUAUACUCAGUCAUGAGUUUGUUAUACAAAAUCACGGUGACAUAAUGAGUUGCGUUCUCAUGGUCUUCAUCGUCGGACUCAUGUUUCCGCUUACUGCGUCGAUGUGUUCAGUGUUUGUUGCUCCGCAGUACAACGAAACUGUAAACGUCACUUCAGAAUUCGGGCCCAUGAGUCUAACACUGUAUAGAAAUGGUCCAGCAGACAUUCUUACUAUAUUAUUCUACGCUGUCGCUUGGAUUGUAGUUCACGCCGUUAUCCAGGAAUAUAUUUUGGAUAAACUGCAAAGGAAGGCUAGACUAUCCAAAGUGAAAACAUCCAAAUUUACUGAAUCCGGACAUAUGUCUUUGUUUGCUCUGUACUCAGCUUGCCACGCAGCUUACGUUAUCACGGAUUUCGUGCAAAAUUAUACUGACGUCAAGAGGAUUUGGCUAGGAUAUCCCGAGGAACACCGCUGGAUGAACCUCAACAUGAAAAUCUUUGCCAUUCUCCAGGUAUUUGAAUCUGCAUUUUUUCCCGGUUUUGAAACUAGUUAUAUCACCCAACUUUAA